CCGCGCAUGCUCAGUGUGGGUGCAGUGACGCAGCCGCGGGGGCAGUCAUGGCGGCUCGGUGCGUGCGGCUGGCGCGGCGCAGUCUCCCGGCGUUGGCGCUGUCUCUCAGGCCUUCUCCUCGCUUGUUGUGCACAGCUACGAAACAGAAGAAUAAUGGCCAGGGCCUGGAAGAGGACUUGGGCCAUUGUGAGCCGAAGACAGAGCCACCCUCUGCAGACAAGACUGUCCUGGAAGAGAAGGUUAAGCUGGAAGAGCAGCUGAGGGAGACCAUGGAAAAAUACAAACGAGCUUUGGCAGAUACUGAGAAUCUACGGCAGAGAAGCCAGAAGCUGGUGGAGGAGGCCAAGUUGUAUGGCAUCCAGGGUUUCUGCAAGGACUUAUUAGAGGUCGCAGACAUCCUGGAAAAGGCAACCCAGAGUGUUCCAAAGGAGGAGGUCAGCGACAGCAACCCUCAUCUGAAGAGCCUAUAUGAAGGGCUGGUGAUGACUGAAGUCCAGAUUCAGAAGGUGUUCACAAAACAUGGCUUGCUCAGGCUCGACCCCAUUGGGGCCAAGUUCGACCCUUAUGAACACGAGGCCUUGUUCCACACCCCUGUGGAGGGGAAAGAGCCAGGCACUGUGGCACUAGUUAGUAAGGUGGGAUACAAGCUGCACGGGCGUACCCUCAGGCCAGCUCUGGUGGGGGUAGUGAAGGGAGCUUAGCUGCCUCCCUCAGGGCUCUGGACUUUGUAGGUCACUUGCUAGAACUCGAAAAGUAGGCUUGUAAUUUCUCAUCUGUGAACACAUGUGACCCUCGCCGGGCCUUGUUGGAAUCCUUAAGUAAGCUGAGCAGAACGCGAAGCUGCUUGCACACUGCGUCAGGGACUCUGGGAGCCUGGUCACUGGGUUUGGUGCCACCGACUUCAGAAGAGGCCAGCGGGGCCUCAGGAGCAGUGUGACUAGCACUGUAUCUGUUCACCUGGUAAUCGAUAAGUACUUUACACAAAUAAAAGGUCUUUGGCUACAUCUGCAC